AUGACGGCUGCAUCGACUGAUCUCGCGCACGAAGGUCCUGGCUUCCCCACAUGGCAUCGUAGAUAUUUGCUUCUUUUUGAGGAAUUGGCUCAGAAAGUUUCUGAUGAUCCUACAUUUGCCUUGCCUUACGUCAAUGAAUAUGAUGCGACCGCUAUCUCACGAACUGUAGAUUUAUUGGGCGGAGAUGGGCUCAACAUCGCUAGCUGUCACGUGGAAGAUGCGCAUGGGAAAAAUUGCGCUUGUCAUCUUGCAGCAAACGGUCCUGGCUCUGUCUUCAGCAGUUGGACGGAGAUUGGUCCGAAUGGUACGUCAAGUGGCAAGCUUUCGCGUGCCUUAGGUUGUAGGAGAACAGCCCAAACACCACCCUCAGCAACUGCGAUUGAUUUCGCAAUUGCAACUAGAAGCUACAGUGAGUCACCUUGGAACUCGGAUAGUUCGCUGGUAACAUUCACCAAUCUUUUGGAAGGUUUUGCGAUUGGACCAGUCGGUAUCCGAACGGAACCUGCCAUAGAUAAACCGCGGGACAAUCAUAAUCGUGUACAUGUCUACAUGGGUGGGACAAUGGAUGACGUAAAGACAGCUGCAUCUGAUCCGUUCUUUUGGCUGCACCAUGGGUUUGUUGAUUUGAUGUUGGAGAAAUGGAUGAAAACACAUCCAACCUCGGUGUACCCCUGGACCAAUAGUGAGGCUCCUGCUGGACAUUCAUACAGUGAUUGUCAAGCACCAUUCGUUCCGCUCCUCUCGCACGCUAUCUUCUUUUCAAAUUCCCGUGCCUAUGGGUACACGUAUGACCAAAUCGUCGAUUCUGCAGUAGUUUCAACAGGCUCUCUUGUAGUUAUAACUAUAGUAAUGACAGCUCUUGUCAUUACAGCAUCACUGCUCUACUCUUAG